UGCCGCCGCUGCUGCUUCUCCUGCGAAUUAAAGGGCCUUGCUAGCACAUUUCUGAGUAUUUUGUUUAACCAUCUGAAGAAUUCAGAGGAACUGCUGCGUGGCCCCGGGCAGGAAGAGCUGAUCUUCUGAAGGCGUGGGGUCAUCAGCCACACCACCUCGGAGCAAUGUCCUACGUGUUUGUGAACGAUUCCUCUCAGACGAACGUCCCCUUGCUCCAAGCCUGCAUCGAUGGCGACUUUAACUAUUCCAACCGGCUUUUGGAAAGCGGCUUCGACCCCAAUAUCCGGGACAGCAGGGGCAGGACGGGCCUUCACCUGGCCGCAGCCCGAGGGAACGUCGACAUCUGCCAGUUGCUGCACAAGUUCGGUGCUGACCUUCUGGCCACAGAAUACCAAGGAAACACGGCCCUUCACCUCUGUGGCCACGUGGACACCAUCCAGUUCCUGGUUUCCAACGGACUCAAAAUUGACAUCUGGGUGGGGGUCUGUGGGUUUGAGGGAGCAUCUGUGUACGUCCAUUCUCUGCUAAGUGUGAAGCUGUCUGCGUGGACUUCCCUUCAUUGCACCUUCUUGCCGCUUGAUGCCUUUGGACCGGCUGCAGCAUGUCCUCUCACGUCCCUUCUUUUCUCUCUCCUCCUUCCCAGUGCCAUGGAGAGCCAUUCCCUCCUCAACCCCAACCUACAGCAGGGCGAAGGCGUCCUCUCCAGCUUCCGCACCACGUGGCAGGAGUUCGUAGAGGAUCUGGGCUUCUGGCGGGUGUUGCUCCUGAUCUUUGUCAUCGCGCUGCUGUCUCUCGGCAUCGCCUACUAUGUGAGCGGGGUGUUGCCCUUCGUGGAAAACCAGCCGGAACUGGUGCAUUGAAGAUGCUCUGGGAGAAGAGGAGGCACCCGCGCGUUUCCUGGCUUCGAAUAUUUGCUCAGUCUCUCAAAAUGAUUCUCGUUGUGCAUGGCGGUGAGGGCUGUACUUAUUGUCUCUUCCCAUUUCUGUGUGUGUGUGGCAUUUUUAUGUCAUGUUGGUCAUCCAUUCAGACUAGUGUUGUUUAUUCGAACCACACUUUGUAGUCAAAUGUAGUGCAUCCUACAGCUACCUCUAACUCCCCCUGACUUCUUAGGAAAGCUUUGCUUGGUAAAAACAAAAUGACGAGCGAAAACUAAAGGAUGAAGCUAGGGAGCCCUUGCUACAGAACCUCCUCUACCCUAACCUAGGACCAACUAAAACCAGGUGGUGGGAACGAAAAGACAUUCUGAUUUGAUUCGCUCUUGUUGGUUUGGGUGUGUUUCUUGCAAGAUCCCCUUAUUUACUAUCUCUGAGGAUGGGGAUGAAAAUAAAACAUUCAUUUCAGCUUAAAACUUGAAGCACUUUUUUCACAUCCUGUGUAACAGCAGAUUGAUGUCGUUAGAUUCCGUUUGGUUUAUUUUAAUAUUUUAAAAUCCAGUUAUAAGCCAAACAGAGAAGUGAGCAUAUUUGUUUCAAAAAUGACUGCUCUCACACAUAUUUAUUUGUUUUCAAGACAGUUUUGAUUUUAUGUAAAUUGUUUUUCAUUUUGUUCAUCUGUGAAACGUCAACCCAAAGAGUUUAUUUUUUGUUUCCUUUUAGGUUCUCUUAGUAUUUUAUUUCAGAAGUUUCUUACUCAUUUACAAAAGUUGUAGAACACCCUUUGUACUUAAUAGUUAGCAGGAGAAAAUACCUCUGGUGUUGAACCAUCACUGAAAUUCAGUAAUGCUCUGAUUCCAGAGGGUGGGGCGGGGAUCCGUUCUAAGAGCUGGCUGCGUUGUCACAGUUGUCUCGCAGUUCUUAAUGAUCUCAUUGUACGUGCAUCAUGUUCCGAGGCCCCAUUAGGGUUUCCCUAGGAACCCAUGCAUGUCAGUAACUAUCAGAUGGCAAGACGUGAUGGGGUCCUUCUGAGUUAACAGUGCUGUACUGGGGGCCAGGAUCCCUUUAUGAGUUACAUAGCAUUAGAUACUUCUGUUGUCCCUUCAAGCAGUGUGGUCUCAGGCCCUUUUUGCUAAUGAUUCUGCAAUCUUGUGUCCUGAGAAGUCUUCCGUGAAGGCUUGAUAAUUAUCCAUUGGGUGAAGUCAGAAAUUUAGAGUAAAAAAAACUAAUGGUUUUUAUUUUUUAGAACGAAGGCAUUUAAAAUACUGCUAAUUGCCCUGUUGCUAGAAUUAGAAAUUAAAGAAUAAACUAGAAUUGCUAUGUGACUGGUUUGGUUUUCGAUGUUUUCUCUUUUGUAUUUAUAUAUCUAAUAUUACAGCUUUUUCCUCUUGUGGCUUGGUCCUCAUAAACAGCGUGUUUAAAUUCCUGAUUAACUGGCGGCGUCAGGAUCAGCUUGCAGAGUCUUGCAUCUGGGUUAAAUAUAAACAAAAUGAAUUAUUGUUGGUGUAACUACUAUAAAAAACAACUGCUAUUAGAAGGGAAAACUCAAAUUUGAAGUAUAUUCAAAAUGAAAGCUUUGAAAUUUGCUACACAAUUCUUUGUAAAUUUAAACAGAUAUGCAUAAUUGGCCAAUAUAUGUAAAUACAUUUGCAUUUUUAAAAGUUUGAAGAUUCCGUUUUUAAAGUGCUGAUUUCUUUGUAUUCUCUGCAUUCCAUACUAUCACCAAUAAAUGUGUUUCUAAACCUCUUACUCA